UAUAAAAUAAUACUUAAAACAAAUAAACAAACCACUUUUAAUCAUAAAUUUACAGAAAACCUUUUUUUUUUAAAAAAUUGUUAAACACUAAGAUGACAUAUGAUGUAUGUCAAUAUAACACAGAAAAUGCAGAAAAUUUUAAAUUUGUAAAUAAACAUGGCAUACACUUCAUGUGGUACCCCGCUACAUUUUCACAAUCAAGACUAGGAAAUACAAGUUCAAAAGGGAGUAAUGCGUGUACUAUUAUAGCACUACUCAUGGCAACUAACAUAAACACAUCGAACAUUCGUGUCAAUUGUCUGUUCACCUCACCUGCCAAAAAUAGUCUCACUGAAUUGUUUACAGAUGCAAUACUAAAUGGUAAUGCAAUCCACCAAAAUUUGUUCAAAAACAGUAGCUCAUCGCAAAAUACUAACUUAACUGUGCCAGAAGCAAUGAAAGCAGGAGAAUCAUCACUGGGCACCAUGGCUGAAUGGAAAAGUUCAGUUUAUUUUAACGAUAUCAAAAUUAACUUGUAUGCAGAAAUGAACCGGUAUAUAAUAGAAUGGUAUACUAACCCACCAUGUUGUCAACCAAAUAAUCUUUACAUAAUUCUUAUUGCUCACAACAAAGCAAUUUUAAUAGUAAUACAAUUGGAUACAAACUCAGUAUUACUUAUUGAUUCUCAUCAACAUUCAUCACAUGGAGCUUUGAUAUGUCAAUCGCGAAUAUCAAAAUUAGAAAACCUAUGUGUGUGGUAUUCAAAAAUGUUGUGUGAUUCAGCUGGGUCAAAUCCAAAUGCAUAUGAACUAAGUUUUUUAUACUUUAAGUGCGAAAAACGUAACAAUAAAAAACACAUGAUUUAAAAUAUAUCGAUUUAAUUAAGAUACAAACAAUAAAACAUACAAAUACAGAA